UCUAAACCCAUAAACCACCUCUCUCUCCCCCCCCCCCCCUCUACCAUUGUUGUUUCUCUUCCAAACCCUUAACCAAAACUUAUCUAAUUACAAGACAAGCAGACCACUUCCAUGAACUACCUAUGUCUAACAAAGAAGAUAGAUGGCUUGAUUCAACUUAAAUUUUGGUGGUCGAUGCUUCAAAGCUCUUCUCUUUCCCUUUUUUGGUGAUACCUCUAACUAUUCAGCAGAGUAAACCCCAAAGCUCUAAACCUGCACAGGAACAAAAAUAGAAACCAUAUACUCUUUUUUCUUUCUUUUGAUCCAUCGAAAUUCAGCUGGUUCUUGUACGUGUUAACUAAUUGUUGAUGAUCGGGUUUGAACUUUGAAGGGAAGAAUGGAUCCGAUAACAGCUCAUGGCCGCCAUCUUCCUUCUUUCCUCGCUAGAGAUCUUCAUCUAAACCCGCACCAUCAAUUCCAUCAUCACCACCAACAGCAACAGAAUUCCGAAGACGUACAAAACCGUGGCCAGAAACGAGAUCGAGAAGAAGAAACAGCCACUGCCACGACAGACACGGGUGGAGACAAGGAGUUGGCCGUAUCCGAAGGCGAAAAUACGAGAAGACAACGAGGCAGGCCCGCCGGUUCCAAGAACAAGCCUCAGCCACCGAUAAUCAUAACCCGAGAUAGCGCCAAUGCUCUCUGGUCUCACGUCAUGGAAAUCGCCACCGGCUGUGAUAUUAUGGAGAGCGUUUCGACUUUCGCCAGGCGAAAACAAAGAGGGAUUUGCAUUUUGAGUGGGAGUGGAACGGUAACGAAUGUAACCUUGAGGCAACCUGGAGCUCCAGAUGCAGUAGUGAAUUUAAAUGGAAGAUUCGAAAUUUUAUCACUUUCUGGUUCGUUUUUACCUCCUCCGGCACCAGCGGCUGCGUCGGGAUUGGCCAUAUAUUUAGCCGGUGGUCAAGGUCAAGUAGUCGGAGGGACGGCGGUGGGUCCACUUGUUGCUUCGGGUCCGGUGGUGAUUAUGGCAGCUUCUUUUGGUAAUGCGGCGUAUGAAAGGCUUCCAUUGGAGGAAGAUGAACAACCAGUGGAGCCUCCAAUUCCUGGAAGUGGAACCUUAGGGUCACCGGGAAACAUGGCUGCUCAACAACAACAACCGCAACUAUUGCAAGAUCCCAAUGGAUCUUUUCCUCAAGGAUUGCCACCAAAUCUUUUAAAUUCAGUCCAAAUUCCAGCUGAGGCCUACUGGGGCACAGGUCACCCCCCUUAUUAACAAAAAAACACAUAAAAUUUCGUGUUUUUCUUUCCUUCCUCUUUGUUUGUUUUUGGUCACCCUUUUAUUCCUUUUUAUAAAAUAGUUGAUGUUUAAGUAUUAAAGAAGUUGAUCACCACGGCUUUAAUUUGAAGUACUUUGAAGAAGAAUGUACAAAUUUCCUGGAAUAUAUCUUCCCUGCAGGUGUGGGUUUUCUUCCCAGUUGAAUUUUUAUAAAAAGUAGUAGCCAUUUCUCAGAAAUUUGUUUUAAAAAUCAUAACUUUGGAAGGAAGGCAAAGGAGAUGGGAGGUUACGGGCUUAGGAUUUUACUGUCUUUUGUGUAUCUUCUUGCUUUGAUAAAAUGGUAGGUUUCAUUAUGGAAUCAGCUUGUCCGGUUACACGUGCGCUGCUCUGUAUGAUAAAGAAGGAAGCUCCUUUUCGAGGCAACCAUUUCCUUGUAUAAUUCCCAUGUAGAAAAGCCAAGCCAACAACACGAGUAAACAAGCAUGCACGACAAAUCCAUGUAGUCUGCUCCUCAUGCGUUAAAGUUUCAUCUUUCUCGAUAAAAACUGUCAAUGCCACUGUACAUGUAAA